AUGAAAAAUCCAAAAGACUGUGUUUGGGAAUUCGACAUUAGUAGAUCCCAAGUAAGAGAUGUUAAACGUGGAGCGUUAGAUGGGGUUUCUUUGGAUUUCCUAAAUUUGAAUGCCAACAACAUUGCACGAAUUAAAAAAGGUAUAUUUAACAAAAAAUCACUUUAUAUAGUUGACUUACAGAAUAACGUUGUAUCUAAUAUAGAAGAUGACGCCUUUGCAGGUGCAACCAUCACAUUACUGGAUCUAUCGCAUAAAAAGAUGGCCAAAUUGACUUCAAAAAUGUUCGCUGGUUCAAAUAUAACAUAUAUUUUCCUACAAUCGAACGGAUUAAGUACGAAUAUAGAGGAUGGUACCUUUGAUAAAAUCGUUAAUAUGAAGAGAUUAGUCCUAAGGGACAACCAACUUGAAGCGCUUGGAAACGUUUUUAAAAACUUGACAAAUUUAAAGGAAUUGGUUUUGGCGGGAAACAGAAUAAAAACACUUGAACCUGGAUGUUUUAGCGGUUCUGGAAUCUCUUAUGCUGGCCACUCACUUACGGAUAUCGAAGAGGCCAUGGCAUGCAGAAUAAUUAUUAUAUUCGUAAACAUGUUAUGUAAAGUACUUGUAGUGUUGUUCACUUUAUUUGUUUGUUUGAAAUGUAGUAAUAUUUCUGUUCAACUGCACGGUAACAUAUUUUUUAAAGGAGUUAAUAAUAUAACAAUUAUUAACUCGAUUUUUGACUUGAAGCAAAAUGUAGUCAACAGAAGUGAAGUAGAUUUAAUUCAAAUUAAGGACCAAAAUGUUCCAGUAAUACCGAAAAAUUUCUUAAAUGGAACCAGUGUUAGUGAUUUCGGCAUUAGUAGAUCCCAAGUACGAGAAGUUGAACCUGGUGCGUUAGAUGGGGUUUCUUUGGAUUUCCUAAAUUUGAAUGCCAACAACAUUGCACGAAUUAAAAAAGGUAUAUUUAACAAAAAAUCACUUUAUAUAGUUGAGUUCCAGAAUAACGUUGUAUCUAAUAUAGAAGAUGACGCCUUUGCAGGUGCAACCAUCACAUUACUGGAUCUAUCGCAUAAUAAGAUGGCCAAAUUGACUUCAAAAAUGUUCGCUGGUUCAAAUAUAAUACAUAUUUUCCUACAAUCGAACGUAAUAAGUAAUAUAGAAGAUGGUACCUUUGAUAAAAUCGAUAAUAUACAAAGAUUAUUCCUAAGCAACAACCAACUUGAAGCGCUUGGAAACGUAUUUAAGAACUUGACAAAUUUAAAGCAAUUGGCCUUAGCGGAAAACCGAUUAAAAACACUUGAACCUGGAUGCUUUAGCGGUUCUGGGCUCUCCUUAGAUAUUUUUCUUUCAGGUAACCGACUGACUCAUAUUGCAAAAGGAGUGUUUUAUAAAGUACCAGUCUUUUUAAUGGAUUUCAGAAAUAACAGCAUUUCAAAAAUUGAUAAAGGAGCCUUAGCUGGUCUUUCAACGCUAAGAAAUGUUCUGUUAGGUAAUAACAGUCUUGGAGAUUUGAAGAUGUCCACUUUUGACUUCCUCAAUAAUACUUUAAAUUUGCUAUCUUUGAGUGAUAACGGCAUUUCAAAUAUCGAUAUUGGUGUCUUCAAAAAUGUUGAAAUCUUUAUAUUGGACCUAAGCAGAAACCAUAUAAAAUCGAUUAAAAAAGGACUUUUUCACAAUCUUACAAGUUACCGAAUUGAAUUGAGUGAAAAUGAAAUUACCGAAAUAGAAGAAGACGCUUUUGCUGAUAUCAAGUAUUUAAGUGACAUAGAUGUGAGCAUGAACAAACUUAAAGAAGUCAAGAAGAGAAUGUUCAGUUUAGGAUUGAAUCAAGUUAAUUUGGAAGAUAAUUUAAUAACUAAAAUCGACAAUGAUGUUCUUAAUGGUCUUUCGUUGUCAGAUAUUCAGAUAAAAAAUAAUCCUAUUGCUGCCAAGAUUAACGCUUAACAUGUGUAUUGGAAUGUUUUACUUUUAAUUGACCUUUUUAUUUUGAAUUUACUGAUUUAUUAUUAUUAUUAUCAUUUUUACUAACUUACAUUUUAAUAAAUAAAAACUGUUACGCGGUUGA